AUUUUCAUUUUGUUUUCUUGAUUUUUAGGGAUCAAUCUGCUUCCCUCUUUUGGGACUCUGCCACUUGAAGAUUGUUUUAUUUAGCAAAAAUGAGCUUGGGAUUUUGUUCUUGAGGUCUUACUCGAACAAUCUUAUGGUCGAAGUUCAGGGACGACGAGGCAAAUAUGCGAACAGCUUAUCAACUUCAUCCGAUAUAUUACUUUCAGAGCAGAAGGAGCUCUACUAAAUAUCAUGGAUCGGUUAAACUAGGAGGUUGGUGUUCAAGGCAAAUUGGCUUCACCCGAAGAGAUCAGAGUAUACGAUAUCUUACACCAAUCCGUAAAACUAGGUUGUUUGUGAUUUCCAGCACCAAUGACGGCUAUGCAUAUGCCCCUUUGCUAGAAGAAGAGCACAAUAUGAACAAUGCACCCCCUUCUGAACCAGAGACAUUCUUCAGUGGAUGGUCUCCUCCGAUGUUUUUAUGGAGAGGAUUAUCUGUUAUUGUCCUCGCAGGGCAGGUUAUUAUUCGGACUUUAAAAGGUAAGGUCCACUGGAGGAAUACUCUCCAACAACUGGAGAGAGUUGGACCAAAAUCAGUCGGGGUUUGUCUUCUAACCUCCGCAUUUGUCGGGAUGGCCUUCACCAUUCAGUUCGUUAGAGAAUUUACCCGAUUGGGUUUGAACCGAUCAAUUGGUGGGGUAUUGGCCUUAGCAUUCUCAAGGGAGUUAGGUCCUGUGGUUACAUCGAUUGUGGUUGCUGGACGAAUCGGGAGUGCAUUUGCUGCGGAAUUAGGAACAAUGCAGGUUUCAGAGCAAACCGACACUCUGAGAGUUCUUGGAUCAAACCCCGUUGAUUACUUGGUCACACCCCGUGUUAUCGCUACCUCUCUAGCUUUACCAUUUUUGACUCUGAUGUGUUUCACAAUCGGGAUGGCAUCAAGUGCCCUUCUGGCCGAUAGUGUUUACGGGAUCAGCAUUAAUAUCAUCUUAGAUUCAGCGCAAAGGGCUUUACGUUCGUGGGAUAUAAUUAGUGCAAUGAUCAAGUCUCAGGUUUUCGGUAUGGUUAUAUCGAUAGUGAGCUGUGCUUGGGGAGUCACCACCAUGGGAGGAGCCAAAGGUGUUGGUGAGUCAACGACUUCUGCCGUGGUUAUCUCUCUAGUCGGUAUUUUCAUGGCGGAUUUUGCACUCUCGUAUUGCUUCUUCCAAUGGGCUGGAGAUUCUUUGAAGAAUUGUGUAUAAUGAUGCUGGUCAUUUUGUUGCGAUCUACAUGUGAACGGUAGCUUUUUGUGGCUAAUUUGUUUUUGGAAUAUAAAAAGGCACUUGUGGUCAUAA